AGUGGUGUGCAGACAGCUGGGCUGUGGAAGCGCUCGUUCAGCGCUACAAAGUGCAGCUUUUGGACAGGGCAGCGGACCCAUCUGGUUGGACGAUGUAUACUGUUUUGGAAAUGAGUCAUCAAUAACUGACUGCAGACACAACGGGCUUGGAGUCCACGACUGUGGUCACCAUGAAGAUGCCAGUGUCGUAUGUGAAUUCCAGCAGCCUCCACUCCAGACUUCACAGUUAAUUUGUGGCCGUGAUAAAAUCCAAGUAGGUCUGCAUAUGGGCAGCAUGUCAUCCUCCGGUUUGAACCCCUUCUCGGGCAACCUGGCUUCCAGCAACUGUUCCUGGGUCAGAGUCCGUGAUGAUUAUGUUUGGUAUGAAAUGGAGGCUCGGGCAGGUGCCUGUGGAAAUGUGCUGAGGACCAACAGCACACAUGUCAUCUACUUCAACAGUUUAUUCAUCUACCCUCUGGCUAAUUUGUCCUUCGCUCUUCCUGUGGGUCUUCCCUUCUCCUGUGCUUAUCCCCUGGACACAGACGCCAGCCUGAAUGUAGCUAUCAGGCCAGACCUGUUCACUGGAGGAAUUUCAGGUUCGGGUCCAAAAGCUCGAGCCUCCAUGUCUCUGUUCCGCAACUCCAACUACACUGAGUCUUAUCCACCAGGCCAAGUCUUCCUCCCAGUGGGUUCACCUCUGUACGUGGGCGUCUCUGUGGAGGACACAGACCCAGUUUUGGCAGCUGUUCUGGAGGACUGCUACGCCACUCACUCACCAAACCCUGAUGAUCCCACACAAUAUCCUCUCAUCCAGAACAAGUGUCCCCUGACCGCCUAA